UUGCUUCUUUCCCAAGGGCCCAGGCACCUGGGCGCUGAUGACUGCGACUGCAACCACAUCCAAACCCCGACUCUCAUCAGGAGGCAGGUUUACCCAUCCCCAACUCUCGUCAAGAAAGAGGCCGGCCGGCCCAUUCCCGAAGCAGAACAACCUGCAUACGACCCACUAGGGGACCCGAUGCGGGCGUCAAAUCAGUCCCUCCGCCCUCCCUCCAUCACGAGCCCUGGACCCAUCUCCACAUGCAUGCACGACCGUGAUGGCAAGGCCGGCCAUGAUGAGAUGAACAAGGUGGCCGGCGGGCUCAAGGGCUCGCAUGGCUCUGGUCGAGGAGGCAAUCGAGAUUGGUCAUGGAGGUCCAACAGUGGCCUCCCGGGGUGGGCCAAUCAUCAUGAUGAUGAGAAAGCAUUGUCAUUUGCGAGUGACGGCGGCAGGCUGAAGUGCUGA